GACACUUGAACUCGUCGGGAAUGUUGGCUUUCUCAGACCAGGAAGUGGAGACCUUGCUGCUGUGAUCUGUGUGCGUUGUUCAUAAGGAUCAAACAGAAAGCAUCGGAAUGGUCACGGUUUAAACUCCUUUAUAUUUUAGAGGACAUGUGUUCAACCAGGUGACAAACGGAUGGAUGGAUGGAUUCUUCCUUCUUCAAUGAUGACAUCUUUCAAAUGACACGUUGAGGAUCACCCUGAAACAUGUCGUACUGGAAUGUUGGAGAGAAUUCUGGCCCAGGAGGCAGAAACAGCAACAAUGGCGUCGUGGAGAUGGGAGCCAAGCAAUCGGCGAUUGGCAGCGUUCCCUUGAGUCAGUCGCCCACGCUAAAGAACAUCCAGGAUGCCUAUAAGGAUGGCGAGGACCAGAGGGCACGGGAGCUAAUCCGCAUCUCCUGUGACAAUAACAGUGGAGGUCAACUAGAUGGGCUAGAGCUUCUGUAUGUGGCCACUCAGAAUGGUGAUGUGGAGAGCGUACGGUUCUUGCUGAAGGAGGCGCGAGUUGUGGUUCCCCAGGAGCCCAGUGAUGAACACCCUGCCAUCCUGGCUGCACAUUAUGGACAUCAGACAGUUAUCAGAGAGCUGCUGGACUCCAUCCCACCCCCAUGUAUCCGUAAGGAGCUGCUGAACUGGAUGUUGGCGACUGCAUGCCAGCAGGGUCAUCUAGAGGUCGUGAAGUUGUUGGUUCAAAUGUACAAUGCUGACGCUAAGGAUUGUUCUGUACAUUCUGGAGAGUUUGCCAUCAUCACAGGUUUACCCCUGUAUGCUGCAGCACGUGCAGGAAAUAAGGAUAUUGCGUGUUUUCUGCUGGAGAAUGGAGCUGGUUUCUCCUCUUAUACUCUGAUGGAUCAUGCAGACUUCAGCAGACAGCUGCUCAGACAGCACCUCCUGGAGGACAAAGACGCACCUGCUGAUGGGAGACUGGAGCAAGCUCUGCAUGUUGAUUGGUCAGGUCUGAAGCUGCCCUGGUUGGAUCUGGGAUGGUUUAUUGACGUCUCCUCACAGAUUACAGUGCUGGAUCUGUCUCAGAACUGUCUGACCUCACUGCCCUCUGUCAUGCCCUGGGGUCUAAUAAACCUGCACUCGCUCAACCUCUCCCACAAUCAGCUCAAAGAAUUGCCCACCCCCACGUCAUCACAGGAGAUCAUUUGCAGCAGAUUAUGCAAUGUGAAUUUGUGUGAGAAUGAGUUGGAGUGUCUGCCAGCUGGUUUGCUUCACCUUGGUCAGAUGCAACGGAUUUCAGCAGCCAGAAACAAACUCAAAAGCCUCUUCAACAUCCCCAAUGGCACAAACUGGAUCGGUCUUCGUAGGCUGCAGGAGCUGGAUGUGUCAGACAACAGCCUGACAGAUCUGCCCUCCUCUGUACUGCACUGCCUGAAGUCUCUCAACAGUCUCAAUGUCAGCAAGAACAAACUUGCCCGCUUCCCGGACCCCUGGGCGUGUCCUCUGAAAACCUGCAAAGCUUCAAACAACCAGAUAGAGCUUCUUCCUGGUACUAUCUCCAUCUUCUGGAAGACUCAUCUGAUGGAAGUGGACUUGUCUGAGAACAUCCUGAAGGAGCUGCCUGAAUACAUAUUUGAACUGGAGGCUAUUGUCUCUCUGAAGUUGUGUGGGAAUCAAAUCUCUUCUCUGCCCACUCCCAACAAAUGGAAAUGUUCUCAUCUCAGAACACUAGACCUGUCCAAAAACCAACUCGGGAAGACAGGGGAAUCAACCAAAACCAGGAAACUGGGCUUCUUCACAACGUGGUACAGACGGGACCCAGAGCCAGUGUAUCCCAUUCAGUUUCCCGUAAUCUUGCGGGAUUCUCUGGAAGUUCUCUUUCUGAAUGACAACCAACUGGAGUAUGUGCCGCCAUCAGUAUGCUUUCUCAAGAACCUCUCUGAACUCUAUCUUUCCAAUAAUCCAGGUAUCCAGGAACUUCCCACAGAGCUUGGGCAGCUCUCCAAUCUUUGGCAGCUGGACAUCGAAGACCUGAACAUCACCAAUGUUCCUGCAGACGUCAGGAAAGAUGGUCCUACUGCAGUGUUGGCAUAUCUGCGCGCUGAGCUGCGUGGAGCAGAGCCCUGCAGACUGCUUAAGCUGAUGGUGGUGGGUUCUCCACGGCAGGGCAAGAGCACUCUUUUGGAGGGGCUUCAGACAGGCAAACCCUCACCCUUCAUCAACACUGACUGCAGUGUACACACCACCAGCUGGGUGCUAGAGAGACCCAGUGGAGUCAAAUCUGAUAUAGAUUCAGUGUCCUUCAACGUUUGGGACAUUGGUGGCCCAGCUUGCAUGUCGACGGUAAAUCAGUGUUUUUUCACGGACAAGGCUCUGUAUAUGGUGAUCUGGAACCUGGCUCUGGGGGAAGAGGCUGUGGCCAACCUGCAGUCCUGGCUGCUCAAUAUAGAGGCUCGUGCCCCUAACUCUGCUGUCAUAGUAGUUGGUACGCAUUUGGACCUCAUAGACACAAAAUUUCGAACUGAGCGUAUCGCCACAUUGAGAGCAUACAUCCUGGCACUUUGCAGAACCCCCUCAGGCUCACGAGCUAGCGGCUACCCUGACAUCACGUGGAAACACCUACAUGAGGUGUCAUGCAAGACUUUGGAAGGGAUGGACGGUCUCAAGAGGUUGUUGUUCCAUGUCGCUUGCUCCAUGAAGGACAUCAGUAAUCCAGCUAACUGUAACAAAUUUGUGGGAAGACUGAUUCCCAAGAGUUAUCUGAUCCUGCAGGAGGCCAUAAUAGCUGAACAUAUGAGGAGAGAUGCAGCUGAUGAGGUUCAGUACCUGACUGACUCACAACUGGAGCAGAUCAUUGAGAACAGUCCUGCCAGUGAUAUCAAAUAUUAUGAGGACCUGCAGACAGCAUUAAAUUUCCUCAUUGAGACUGGCACCGUACUGCAUUUCCCUGACACGAGCCACGGCCUGUGUAAACUCUACUUCUUGGAUGCUGUGUGGCUGUCUGAGUGUUUGGAACGCAUCAUCAACCUGAGGGGCUCACGCUUCGUGGCCCGCAAUGGCGUCAUCAAAGCUGUGGACCUCCGCAUGCUGCUGGUUGGAACCGGAUUUACCCAGCAAACGGAAGAACAGUACUUCCAGUUCCUUGCUAAGUUUGAGAUCGCUCUACCUGUGGCCAGCAACAGUUAUCUGUUGCCACACCUUUUGCCCCCCAAACCUGCCAUGGACAUCCACGGUUUUCGCCAUGAGAGCAACAACACCAUCCAGAGGCAUUUCAAGAUGAGCUUUGUGCCUGCAGGAUUCUGGGAGCGUUUCAUAGCCAGGAUGCUUAUCAGUUUAAACCUGAUGGAUUUGCAGGCAUUUGAGACCAAAAAGAACACAAAGAACCAGAGGAACCACAAUACAGUGAUCUAUAGCUUUGCAGGGAACCAGCAGCGGAAUCGAUGCAGCACGUUCCGUGUACGUCGCAGCCAGACCAUCUACUGGAAGGAAGGUCUAUUGGUCACUUUUGAUGGCGGAUAUCUGAGUGUAGAGUCAUCUGACCUGAAUUGGAAGAAGAAGAAAAGCGGAGGGAUCAAGAUUAUCUGCCAGUCCGAGACUAGAGAUUUCUCUGCAAUGGCUUUCAUCACUGAUCACGUUAAUGCUCUCAUAGAGCAGUGGUUUCCUGCACUGACAGCCAGCGAGAGUGAUGGCUCUCUACUCAUCGAGCAGUAUGCUCCCUGCCCGUACUGCAGCUCUGUGCCCAGAAUCUCAGACCCUUUACCUCGAGACUCGAAUCACAGCACGGUACACUACUUCAACAUGGAGGACUGUGUGCUAGCAGCUGUAGACAAGGAGCACAUCAGCUGUCCAAACCACCCCAAACAGCCUGUGCCCCUACAGGAACUGGUACCUGAGCUCUUCAUGACAGAUUUCCCUUCCCGGUUGUUCCUGCUGAAGAGUGAUCUGGAAUGGAGUGAACAAAAAGCAGAUAUUCUGGGUCAGGGAGGUAGUGGCACCAUCAUCUACAGAGCCAAAUACAGAGGCCAUCCAGUGGCGAUUAAACGCUUCCACUUCAAGAAAUGCAGACAGCAGUCUCUCAACAGUAGCACAGACACCAUGGUGAAGCACCUACAGUCCAUGGAUGCUGCCAGAUGUUUCUCAGAGUUCCGUCAGGAAUCCAGCAUGCUUCACUCUCUGCAACACCCGUGUAUUGUGGCAUUGGUUGGCAUCAGCAUACACCCGCUGUGCUUUGCCCUGCAGCUCGCACCACUGGGCAGCCUCAACCAAAUCCUGGAAGAGCGAGCUAAAGGUUCUCAGCAUGUGCCGCUGGGCCAUAUGCUUACCUUCAAAGUGGCCUAUCAGAUUGCAGCAGGUCUAGCCUACCUGCACAGGAAGAACAUCAUCUUCUGUGACCUGAAGUCUGACAACAUCCUGGUGUGGUCGUUAGAGGCUGAGGACCCAAUUAACAUCAAACUCUCUGACUAUGGCAUCUCCCGGCAGUCCUUUCAUGAGGGAGCUUUAGGGGUAGAGGGCACGCCUGGGUACCAGGCCCCCGAGAUUCGACCAGGCAUCGUCUAUGAUGAGAAGGUGGAUAUGUUCUCAUUCGGCAUGGUUCUGUAUGAGCUUUUGUCUGGCCGCAGACCCUGUAUGGGUCAGCACCAGCUGCAGAUCGCAAAGAAACUGUCUAAAGGACUGCGGCCUGCGCUGGGCAGCCCAGAGGAAGUUCAGUUCCACUGUCUGCAAGCUCUAAUGCUGGAGUGCUGGGACACCAAACCAGAGAAACGUCCUCUGGCUGCUGCUCUCAUGAGACAGAUGCAGGAGCCCAGUUUUGCUUGUCUCAGAUACCUGAUGGCCUGCCAGGAACACAGUCAACUCUUUCUUUCCCCAAUGCAGGGCGACAGCGCUGUGUUCUGGGAUGGAGACAAAGACGAUAGGAACUACACUGUAGUAAACUUGGCAAAAGGCAAGGUGGAGGUAAAACAGAUGCCAUGCCCAGGAACACGGCUCAGCUGCCAAAUGAAGAUGGAGAACACCCUGUGGACAGCCACUGAGGAACAAGAAGUCUUUAUCUACAGUCUGAAAGAGAUGUGUCCCCUGAGUCACCCUCAGAAACUGCUCUCCUGUCCUGCCGUGGUCACCUGUCUCUUCUUACUGCCUGCCAGGAAAGAGUCUCUUCCACAGGUGUUUGCUGGCAUGUCUGAUGGUUUGGUGGCAAUUUAUUCCCUGGUAGACGACAUGCCUGUGGAGGGUGAAACCUACAUCUGCUCACAUACUCUCAAUAAGCGUCUGCUAAACAUGGAUGACUCAGACCCUCGUCAGCGACCGUACCCUGUGCGAUGCAUCGUGCCCGUGUGCACCGGAUCUGAGGUGUGGUACACCAACGGCCCUGGCGUGCUUGUCAUCGAUAGCCUCACCCUUCAACCAGUCCGCCGCCUCGACCCCUAUCUCCUGCCUUCCUGCAUGGUUUCCAUGGCAUCCUCCGUCAGCUGCUGGGGUGACGAAGCAGUCUGGUGCCUUGAUGACUACACCAACACUCUCCAGAUGUAUCACGCCGCAAGCUAUCAGCUUUGCGCCACCUACAACUGCAGUGACGCAAACCCGCUCAGAGACGUUUUUCCUGUGCGAACGUCAGCGGGGGUCAUGACCUCCAUGACCACAGAUAUAGAAGAGCCUCUCGCACCCAGCCAUGACGUUGUACAAAUAACAGUUACACACAGCAACGAUGCAGGAACACAAAUCCUUUGCCAGCAAGACUCGCUUGAUUACUGCUCCAUGACUUCCUCAGGGUUCAGCUCAGAACAUCUGGAUCAGAUCAGGGAUUUGGAUCGGGGUGGAUCAGCAGGUUUUCCUCACAUUGAGCGCUCUAGCUCUGGACCGCUCAGCUCCCUGGCUAGCUCCAGCAGUAGGGGAGAUUGGGACUAUGAGGAGACGGACAGACUGGUAGAUGAGCAAGCCUCAGCCAAUUCAUCGCCUUUCAGGAGCGCAACAGAUCCUGACAUAGCUGCACAAAGCUACACACUACCGCAGCUAAUGGCUUUAAAUAUAAUACCUGUCAACAGCACCAUCUGGGUGCCAAGGCGUGGAGGAGACAUCAUGGUUAUCGAGGUUCAGGAGCAGGCGGGGUCACUCAGGGGUCGUGUGAUAGCUGUGUUGACAGUCCCUGGAGUGCUGCAGUAUGGGGCACUGGUGGAGGCAGCACUCGUUGCAAAGGACACUGUUGUGUGUGGCUUCCGUAAAGAAAACAUGGCCUGGUGCCUUGCUGUCUGGCGGAGCUGGGGAGGCCGCGAACUAGAGCUGUUCUACCAGGGCUACGAGGACCUCGGCCGCUUAGAGAGUAGUUUAAGGAAAAGGCGGUAGCUGUGUAAACGUGCAAUGCGAGUGUGUGUGACACUAUUUCAUAGGUGUUUGCUUUAGGAAAUAUAAACUUGCAGGCCACAAAUGCAUGCAUAUAUAUAUAUAGAGAGAGAGAGAGAGAGAGAGCUAUAGAUAUAUAUAGAUAUAUAUACACAUACAGACACACACACACACACACACACACACACACACACACACACACGUUGUGUUUCCAUGUUUUAUGGGGACUUUCCAUAGACAUAAUGGUUUUUAUACUGUACAAACUUUAUAUUCUAUCCCCUAAACCUAACCCUACCCCUAAACCUAACCCUCACAGAAAACAUUCUGCAUUUUUACAUUUUCAAAAAACAUAAUUUAGUAUGAUUUAUAAGCUGUUUUCCUCAUGGGGACCGACAAAAUGUCCCCACAAGGUCAAAAAUUUCGGGUUUCACUAUCCUUAUGGGGACAUUUGGUCCCCACAAAGUGAUAAAUACACGCUCACACACACACACACACACACACACACACAGGCGGCCAAAACUUUGGAAUAAUGUACAGAUGUUGCUGUUUCGGUAGGAAAUUGGUACUUUAAUUCACCAAAGUGACAUUCAACUGAUCACAAAUUAUAGGCAGGACAUUACUGAUGUAAAAAACAGCACCAUCGCUAUUUGAAAAAAAGUUAUUUUUGAUCAAAUCUAGACAGGCCCUAUUUACAGCAGCCAUCACUCCACCUUAUCCUUGCGUAAUUAUGUUAUGAAUUUUAACCCCAUUGAGCUUUUUUGGGAUCAGCUACACUGUAAGGUGCGUGAGAAGUUCCCGACAAGACAGCCACAUCUAUGUCAAGUGCUAUAGGAAGCGUUGAGUGAAAUGUUAUAUGAGUAUCUGGACAAACUGACAGCUAGAAUGCCAAGGAUCUACAAAGCUGUAAUUGCUGCACAAGGAGGAUUUUUUUAUGAGAACUCUUUGAAGUAGUUUAAAUAAUUCAAAUUGUAAUAGUAAUUUUUCACAUUAUUAAUGUCCUGACUAUAAAUUGUGAUCAGUUGAAUGCCACUUUGGUAAAUAAAUGUACCAAUUACUUUCCAUAAAAGCUAAAUCUGUACAUUAUUCCAAACUUUUGGUCGCCAGUGUAUAUAUAUACACUAGGGCUGUCAAUCAAUAAAAAAAUGUAUCUAAUAAAUUGAUAUGCUGAUAAAUUAAUUGCAUACAUAAAUAUUUGCAAUGAAGGGGUCCCCAAAUAACAAUAAUUCAAUAACAAUAAUUUUUUAUUCAAUCAAUAAUUUUUUUAUCUAAUGAAUUAUGAUAUGCUGAUUAAUUAAUUGCAUAUAUAAAUAUUUGCAGAGAAGGGCCCCCCCCCCCCCCAAAAACAACAAUUCAUUAACAUAAAUUCUUAAGUCAUUAUUGUGGCUGACAAGUAAGGCAUUGAUAAGACAAAAAGUGGCUAUAGAAUGUAGUAUUUAGUUUAUUUACUAUGAUUGAAGAUAAGGCCUUAAGUCCACAGAAAUCAAUUUUGUAAUUUAAUACUUCUAAAUAUGCGUCAAUGUAUACCUGUGUCAGACGAACACUUUUGGAGUGUCUCACUUUGGUUGCAUCGCAUCACAAACAGGACAUUUGAAACUUGGAAAAAGACCCCUGCAUUUAGAAUUUCAGUUCAUCUAGCUGUGUUUGAACACAACAAGUUCUUGUUGCUGUCGCUAGUGCCAAGCAAGCCUGAGUGUGGUUUUGUUGUGUGUACAGUUAUGUUUUGCUUAUACAGCUGAAGUUUCACUUACUGCCCUUGAUGAAAACAGGUUGUACUUAUAGCUUGAAUUGCUCCGAUGGAUGAAAUAUUAUAUUACAGUCUGGGGACAUAAUUAAACACAUUAAAUUGUCAGUCCUAAUAUAUACAUAAACACAAAGAGGCACACUUGCUAAACGUGUUAACAUAUAUUCAGGCCCAAGCAUUUGUACAUUUACUCACAAGCUCCUAUGAUAUUAGUAUGUAUCAUGCUCAUGUUAAUGUUCAUUAAACCAGAAUGCAUCAGAAUUCAGUGAAACCAAGAAUUUAUUAGAACUACAUUCAUAAAUGCCAUAGCUAGGAUCCUAGUUGAUCCCACAACCUGGAACCCUGUCAGUGAAGUGUGUGUGUGUGUGUGUGCAUGUACAGUAUGCCAAGAAAGAAAUUUGAGAGGCAGUGUUGCUGGUUUGUUAAACUUGAAUGACCUCAUGUCACCUUUACUUGAUGUGCGUUUGGAUGAAGACAUGCCCUUUUUGUCAGAGACCCUGGAAGUGACCAGCAAUAAACAAAGAAUAAAUGACAGACCUUAUGAAAAUCCACCCACUUCCUAAGGCCAUAAUGGAGAAACAGUUUGUUGUUUACUGUGAAUCACAGAGGAAUCUUUGUAAAUGAUAUGUUAUUUAUUGCAGAAUAUGUUAAAAUCUCAUGCUGCAUGUGUAUAAAGUUGUUACUGAACUGUAAAUAUUAUAAUUAAUCUUUUGGAACAGCAUUGAUUCAACUUCCUUGCAUUUUUCUAUAUUAAAAAGACUGUGAGAUUACUGAUGAAUUAGUUCUGCUUUGGCCUCAUGAAUAAGUUUCCAAGAUAAAACU